AUGUCAGAAAAAGCAAAAAAGAAGCUGCCUGAUUCAGAUAUUGAAAAAAAUUUAGGAUUUGAGGAUGAGGAUGAAGAGACUAGAUUGCAGAGAGAACAAGAGGCGGAGAUUCAGAAGAACAAGGCAAGGCAGGCGUUCUUAGAGAACAUGUACGUUCUUAUUGCCAUGGUUCUCAUCGUUGUUCUCGCCGUUGUUACAGUUGUUCUCAAGGCUCUUCUUUUCACUGAGGAACAGAUUGUUACAUUUAUCCCACUUCAACAACAGGUUCGAAGUUCUAUUAAGUAUGCCGGAAACGGAUAUAUCCCCUGCAACGGGUUUGUUCCUACUCCGACUGGUUGUGAUUAUGAACCUUAUCAAGUUAAUAUGCCACGGCCUUACUAGAGAAACAAGACAAAGUUAUCCCUGAGAGAAGCUAUAUAUUCUAAAUAUUUAUAACAAUAAAAAACAGAUAUUGUGAAAUCCACAAAAAUAUUUAA